AUGCCGACCAGAUCGGCAAAAAAGCCCCAAGCGGACAAGAAGUGGGAGGCCGAGUUCAUAUUGACAGACUCCAAGUCGCCUCUCGCAACCGCAGAUCUCAGGGCCAUCCUCUGCCACCCGCAGGCAUGGUCCGUCCUGAGCAAGGAGGAGCAGACGGAGAUCCUCGCGCUCUUCCCCGACCAGCAGCACGUCCUGGACGCGGGCACGGCGCAGGCGCGGCCCAACAUCGAGUCGCUGCGCAACGAUAACAACUUCCGGCACGACUGCGCCCGGUUCGCGCAGGACCUCAAGGACGGCACGCACGACCGGGACUGGCUGACCGAGGCCUGGGAGGCCCACGAGAGGCGCAAGAUGGGCUUCUUUGACGAGUUCGAGGCCGGCCAGUUCCAGGAGGAGUGGAAGGUGGAGCUGCCUGAUGAGUACAAGCCGGCGGCCAUGGUCAAGGUGAAGGUGAAGGAGGAGAGCCAGGGUUCUGGCCAGGGGGUGACUUCGGUUUCAGUUUCCGAGAACAGCACCAAACUGAGCCAGGACAAGAGUCCUCAACAGAGCGAGGGAAAGAGCCCCCAACGGAGCGAGGAAAUGAGCCCUCAAACGAGCGAGGAAAAGAACAAUCAAGAGGGCGAGGAAAAGAGCCCUGAAGAAGAGAGUGAGGGAGCGAGCCAGGGGGACGUGUCAAUGCCGGAUGCAUAUGCAGUAUCAUAG